AGGGCUUCAGGACCCGGACGGGUAGGGCAGCCUGCGAGGGUGGCCGAAGACGCACGGAUCUGGGCGCCAGGAAGCCUGGGUUCGGCAAUGGCUUUGCUGUGUGGCCUUGGGCAAGUCACUCUCCGUCUCUGGGCCCCACUUCCUCCCCUGUCCGAAAAGAAGAUCAGGUUCCUAGCUACCGGGGCAUUCCUGAGGAGCGGCGGCAUGGAGGCUCUCACCACUCAGCUGGGGCCGGGGCGCGAGGGCAACUCCUCGCCCAACUCCAAGCAGGAGCUGCAGCCCUACUCGGGCUCCAGCGCUCUCAAACCCAACCAGGUGGGCGAGACGUCGCUGUACGGGGUGCCUAUCGUGUCUCUGGUCAUCGACAGUCAGGAGCGCCUAUGCCUGGCGCAGAUCUCCAACACCCUCCUCAAGAACUACAGCUACAAUGAGAUCCACAACCGCCGCGUGGCCCUGGGCAUCACAUGCGUGCAGUGCACACCGGUGCAACUGGAGAUUCUGCGUCGGGCCGGGGCCAUGCCCAUCUCGUCGCGCCGCUGCGGCAUGAUCACCAAGCGCGAGGCCGAACGCCUUUGCAAGUCGUUCCUGGGCGAGCACAAGCCACCCAAGCUGCCCGAGAACUUCGCCUUUGAUGUGGUGCACGAGUGCGCCUGGGGCUCGCGUGGCAGCUUCAUCCCCGCGCGUUACAACAGCUCGCGUGCCAAGUGUAUCAAGUGCGGUUACUGCAGCAUGUACUUCUCGCCUAACAAGUUCAUCUUCCACUCGCACCGCACACCCGACGCCAAAUACACGCAGCCCGACGCAGCCAACUUUAACUCGUGGCGCCGACACCUCAAACUCAGUGACAAGUCGGCCACAGACGAACUGAGCCACGCUUGGGAGGACGUCAAGGCCAUGUUCAAUGGUGGCACUCGCAAGCGGACUUUCUCGCUGCAAGGAGGCGGCGGCGCUAAUGGCGGGUCGGGUGGGCAGGGGAAGGGUGGUGCUGGUGGUGGCGGCGGGGGCGGCCCGGGGUGCGGCGCGGAGAUGGCCCCAGGCCCGCCGCCCCACAAAAGCCUGCGUUGUGGCGAAGAAGAGGCCGCCGGGCCUCCCGGGCCGCCUCCUCCUCACGCGCAGCGGGGACUUGGUCUGGCGGCGGGAGCUGGCGGCCCCCCGGGCCCUGGAGGGCCUGGUGGCGGCGCCGGCGUACGCAGCUACCCAGUGAUCCCAGUGCCCAGCAAGGGCUUUGGCCUCUUGCAGAAGCUGCCCCCGCCGCUUUUCCCUCAUCCCUACGGUUUUCCCACGGCCUUCGGCCUCUGCCCCAAAAAGGACGACCCCGUGCUAGGCGCGGGCGAACCCAAGGGCGGCCCAGGCACCGGGAGCGGCGGGGGCGCGGGCACUGGCGCAGGCGCGGGCGGCCCAGGAACCGGCCACUUGCCCCCCGGUGCGGGGGCUGGCCCGGGCGGCGGCGCCAUGUUCUGGGGUCACCAGCCCCCCGGAGCAGCCAAGGACGCAGCGGCCGUGGCUGCGGCGGCUGCCGCAGCCACUGUGUACCCGACGUUUCCCAUGUUCUGGCCGGCGGCAGGCAGUCUCCCAGUGCCGCCCUAUCCAGCCGCGCAAAGCCAAGCCAAAGCCGUGGCGGCGGCUGUAGCGGCGGCAGCGGCGGCGGCUGCGGCUGCUGCCGGUGGCGGCGGCCCCGAGCCCCUGGACGGUGCUGAGCCGACCAAGGAGGGCGGCCUGGUCGCAGAGGAGCGCUGCCCCAGCGCGCUGUCCCGCGGGCCGCUGGACGAGGAGGGCGCCGACGAGGCGCUGCCGCCCCCACUGGCCCCGCCGCCCCCGCCGCCCGCACGCAAAGGCUCCUACGUGUCGGCCUUCCGGCCUGUGGUCAAAGACGCGGAGAGCAUCGCCAAGCUCUACGGUAGCGCCCGCGACGUGUACGGCGGCGGGCCAGCCCGUGGGCCCGGGCCAGGCGCAGGGUCCGGCGGCGGCUACGUGAGCCCGGACUUUCUGAGCGAGGGCAGCUCCAGCUACCACUCCGCCUCCCCCGACGUGGACACUGCGGACGAGCCCGAGGUGGACGUGGAGUCCAACCGCUUCCCCGACGACGAGGGAGCCCCGGACGAGGCCGAGCCCGGCGCAGCCGGCGCGCCCAGCACAGGAGACGGCCCUGAUGGCGACCAGCAGGCAGGGCCCCUGUCUACCACCUCAUCGGGCGCCGACGGCCCCACAGACUCUCCCGACGGCGGCAGCCCUCGUCCCCGGCGCCCCCCGGGUCUACCCCCAGCCAGUCGGUCUGCAUUUGGGGACCUGGCGGCCGACGACAUGGUGCGGAGACCGGAGAGGAGCCCGCCAAGUGGCGGCUAUGAGCUGCGAGAGUCUUGCGGACCGCUCGGGGGGCCCGCACCGGCCAAGGUGUACGCGCCCGAGCUGGAGGAGCACGUGAAGAGCGCGGCGGCGGCGCUGGGGCCCGCGGCCUCCUACCUCUGCACCCCCGAGGCCCACGAGCCAGAUAAGGAAGACAAUCACUCGACUGCCGACGAUUUGGAAACAAGGAAAUCCUAUCCAGACCAAAGGAGUAUCUCCCAGCCAAGUCCCGCAAAUACAGACAGAGGUGAAGAUGGGCUCACCCUAGAUGUCACGGGAACUCAACUAGUGGAGAAGGAUAUCGAGAACCUGGCCAGAGACGAAUUGCAAAAACUGCUCCUGGAGCAAAUGGAGCUCCGCAAGAAGCUGGAGCGAGAAUUUCAGAGUCUCAAAGAUAAUUUUCAGGAUCAAAUGAAGAGGGAAUUGGCUUAUCGAGAAGAAAUGGUGCAACAGCUGCAAAUUGUCAGAGAUACUCUGUGUAACGAACUUGACCAAGAGAGGAAGGCGCGCUAUGCCAUCCAGCAGAAAUUAAAAGAAGCUCACGACGCCCUGCACCACUUCUCCUGCAAGAUGCUGACGCCCCGGCACUGCACUGGCAACUGCUCCUUCAAGCCCCCGCUGUUGCCCUAGGGCCGGCCCGGCCGCGCCCACGCGCCCUCAAGCCAUGCUGCUCUCUUCUUGUAAAUACCCGCGGCCGCGGCGGCCUAAGGCGAGAUACAAGCCAUUCGGACUGGACCGAUGUAAAUACAGCCUCCCGCCCGCCCGCUCUCCUCCCGGGCGCCUCGGCCUUGCCCGCCCCCUCCCGGGCGCCCCCGCCCAGGACCCCGUCUCCGUUUCCAACUGUAAAUACCACCUCGCCCCACGGUUGAACUCCUGGGCAUCGGACCUCAUGGGGUUAACCGGACCGAAGGGGGUAAGAAAGGGGAGGGGGCCUCUCCCCCCUGUACAGCCUCGGAACCCCAAUUGUGAAUACAAUGUAGGAACUUCGCUGGCCCCGCGCUCCCCGUCCCGUCCACUUCUGAAAGUCUUGUUCCUAAUGACAAAGUGGCUAUGUGCAAUGGAUAUAAAUGUACUGUGAGUCUCUCGGUUCAGUAUUGGGUUCACUUUAACUUAUUUAUGCUGUAAGUUAUUUGCUUCCUUCUCCUGGACCUACUUCCGGUCCCGUUUUGCAUUCACUCUUGGGUUUUGCUUUGUCUAUUUUUUUGUUGUAACCUCUUGAUGUAACAGCACUUUAAAAAGGGCGACAACUGCAACUGACUCACGAGAGGGAGACCACCUUGAGCCUGAUUGGGGAGACCACCCUGUAUCCGUGACUUUUGUUUUGUUUUUAAUAAAAAAAAAAUCUGUUACUUCCCGGGGCU